CCCUUCGUCGUCGUCGCCAGUCGUUUUGGCAAGAUGGCGUCGAAAUAAUGUAAAGUUAAGUUUGGUUAUACAGUGGUAAACAAACUAUGACAGCUCGCUCAUCGAGUCAUGAGCGACUCUUGCACCCCCGAAGAGGGGGUCAAAGAAGAGAGCGAAUAUUUACUAUUUCAAGAUUUACCAACAGAUGUCCUUUUGGCCAUUUUCCGAUAUUGUGAUACUCGCUCACUGCUGAGCCUUAGUCAGACUUGCAAACGCAUCAACAGCAUUAUCAGUGAAGACUUCGUCUGGCUUGAACGAAGCAGAAAAGUCAAUGUUUCCAAUCAGGUUUCCGACGAAAUUAAGAGCAGAUCAUUUUCCAUUUUACCCUGUAAAGAACGAUGCCGCAUAUCUCAAAACUGGAACUCAGGACGAUAUCAAGAGACUAUAUACCUAAAUAAUAGAACUAAGUUUAUGCCAUGGCUCCAACUGGAAAGAGAUAUUCUGUGGUUUAGCAGAGGAAGGCAAAUUUUAGCUUUAAAAAGAAGAUUGAAUGCCAUUGGGUGUGUUCCCUCUCUGUCUUUUGUACCUCACCGAGAAGAUGUCAGCCGAUUUGUAGUUAAGAGUGGAAUGGUUGUGAGUGGUGGAAGAGAUGGAUCUCUAUCGGCAUGGAACUUACGACAGAACAAAAAAUGUUCAGAGGAGAGGUAUGCUCACAAUUCAGACAUAACUGAUGUUGAUUAUGAUGGCCAUCAAGUCAUAGUUACAGCUUCAAAGGACGAAACCAUAAAGGUAUGGAGCUUAGAAGAUGACAAAAUUAAGCCAAAAAUGUCUGUUGCUACUGAUGAUAGAGUUUGGACAGUAGCUCUGCAGCCUGGUUCGAGUUCAAUGCUCUGCUAUGGUAUGUCAGGGCAUCAUCACACAAAACCACCUCUGUGUUUGUACAACGUAGAAAGAUGUCAAAUGGCGUCUUUGAAGUAUCCAGUAAUCAAACGGGGUGCUGGAAUUCUUGAUGUUGUUUGGGAGGAUCCUAAUACCCUUGUUUCAUGUGGUUAUGAUAGCAUAGUUCGAAUGUGGGAUAUCAGAACUCUUUCAUGCGUCCGAUUCUGGUCCGAUCCAUUUGAUGUUGUUCUAUACUCUCUGGCGUCAGACUAUAGCCACUCUCUACUCUGUGGCACAGCUCAGCAUGGGCGUGUCCAGAUGUGGGACAAAAGACACACCAGGUCUCUUCAAAUGUACUUUAUGAACAGUGAUCAUAGUAGCCCUGUGUACAGUCUUCAAUUUGACCCCACACAUCUUUAUGUGGCUUUAGAUCAGUCUCUAAAUAUGAUGGAUUUCUCAGGAUUUCGAAACAGAGCAUGGCAAAUUGCCAAGGACUAUCGUCAUUUUUAUGUACAUUCUCAAGUCUUGUGACCUCAUGAUUUUAACAGUUUCAGAUAUUGAACCGUUAAUAGCCUAUUAAAUGUUCAUUGUACAAUGAUAUAGUAAUUUAUUAUUAUUUGCAAAAGAGUUGUGACCCUUAUUUUAAUUGUGAUGCCAUUCUCAGUGAUCCAAAAUUGUAGGUCCCUAAAAAUCAAUACCAAUACCCUAGCCUGGAUUUUGUUUUUUAUAAAGUAACUCUAUUUAUUAUCUGUGAUCUGUAGCAAAAGAGAGCUGCCAAAAUCUCUACUUAAAGGGGCUGAUUCUUUUGCAAACUGCCUGUCUUGGUUACUGUAAUAAUUUUAAAGACAGUAUACUCUGGAUCAUGUUAUUCAGGAUAUAUCUUGUUAUUGUUGUGUUAAUGAUUGUUUUGUACAUCACAGAGAGUAUAGUGGUCUCAAGGGUGUAGCCUGUAACCACCUCAAUAAUUGUAACUACAGAAUAUGCAUGUAGUACCACAUCUAAUUAGUUGUUUGUUGAUUCAUUCCACCUCUGGUGCAUGUACUGAAUGAAUAAUAGAAAUAUUAUUUUAAAGUUA